AUGGCCGAUGAAAGCAAUUCCUUUGAAGAGAAGUUUGCAAGAGAAGGUAGAAGCCAAACGGAUUUGCCCCAAGGUCAGCCCUCCAAGGAAAACCCGUAUUUGUGCAGCGACGAGUGCGACGCUUCCAAUCCGGACUUGGCUCACCCUCCCAAGUUGAUGUUCGACAAAGAAGACGAAGGCCUGGCCACCUACUGGCAGAGCGUGACCUGGAGCCGUUACCCCAAGCCUCUGUUGGCCAACAUCACCUUGUCUUGGAACAAGACCAUUGAGCUGACCGACGAUGUCGUGUUGACUUUUGAGUACGGCCGCCCCACCAAAAUGAUCUUGGAGAAGUCCUUGGACAAUGGGAGGACUUGGCACCCCUACCAGUACUACGCGGAUGAGUGCAACGAAGCUUUCGGCAUGCCGGCGAGGAAGGUGAGGGAGCUGUCCACCACCAACGUCAACCGGGUCAUCUGCACGGAGGAAUACUCUCGCUGGGUGGGGUCCAAGAAAGAGAAGGACGUGAGGUUCGAGGUGAAGGACCGUUUUGCCAUUUUUGCUGGGCCCGAGCUCCGAAACAUGGACAAUCUUUACACCAGGCUGGAGAGCGCCAAGGGCCUGAAGGAUUUCUUCACCGUGACGGACUUGAGGAUGCGGCUUUUGAAACCGGCGCUCGGGGGCACCUACGUCCAAAGAGAGAAUUUGUACAAGUACUUCUACGCGAUCUCCAAUAUUGAAGUCACAGGCAGGUGUAAAUGUAAUCUCCAUGCCAACCAGUGCAUUUUCAAGGAAGGAAGUCUUCAGUGUGAAUGUGAACAUAACACAACGGGACAGGACUGUGGCAGAUGCAAGAAGAAUUUCCGGAGCAAGUCUUGGAGAGCUGGCUCCUACCUUCCCCGUCCCAACGGUUCUCCGAACGUGUGUGCGGCUCCAAAUUUUGGCAACUGCGAAUGCUACGGACACUCCAAUCGGUGCAGCUUCAUCGACUUCCUGAACUUGGUCACCUGCAUUAGUUGCAAGCAUAACACUCGGGGACAGCACUGCCAGUACUGUCGGCUUGGCUACUUCCGAAAUAGCUCCGCGGAGCUGGACGACGAGAACGUGUGCGUAGACUGCAACUGCAACCGAGUUGGCUCGCUGGCCAACCGUUGUAACGAGACGGGCUAUUGCGAAUGCAAAGAUGGCGGCGUGACGGGGCCGAAAUGUGACGAUUGUUUGCCCGGCUAUUACUGGAGGCAAGGCUGCUUACCGAAUGUCUGCGACGACGAGCUCCUCAUCUGCCAAAACGGAGGCACUUGUUACGAGAACCAGCGGUGUCUCUGCCCGCCGGGAACCAAGGGCCUCCUGUGUGAACAAACGAAGUGCGAAGGGGAAGACACAGAGUGCGACUCGGUCUCCGGGACGUAUCUCAGCCUUUCGGCCUUCGUGGCCAGCGCGGUGAGCCUACACAUACAGCAACUCUUGGACCUCUGAAGGACGAGGAGGGAAGUUGCGUCGUCCAAAUCCCACGAGAGGAAGUGAAGAAAGAAUUAAGGACAACCUGAAAACGUUGGGAGCUCAGAAGAGCCAUCAUCCAGCCGAACUGGUUGUCUCUUGGUCCUUGUUGGCCAAGCGUUGAAGGAUUCAACAGAAGUUCCGGCUCUUCGCAGAUUUUCGGUUGGACAUAGUUGAAAGAACACAAGGGAUACCUGUUGUGGGGCCCAGCGAGUCAGGAAAAGACGCCUCAACAGGACUUGGGGGGAAAUUGCAAAGCGUUUGCAAUUUUCCAACUAUUUUCUCAAGGGGAAAAUUGUUCAGAGCUCUCCUUUGCACAGGGGUAGCUUCCAAAAAGGGGUGGGGGGGGUUGGGGCAAAAUGCCAUCGAUUAUCUUGCAUUUAUGCUGCACU